AUGCUGUCCCCGCCCCAGCUUUCGGGUUAGCCAUGGCCGUGGUGGGGCUAAGCGGCCGACUGGCCCGGUGCUAUUGCCUGAGAGCGGUCAGGAGUCUGCCUGUUUGCAGUUCCCUGCGGGUCCCAGCACUUCAGCUGCACGUGAGCAAAACAGCAAUGGGAGCCAGUCAGAAGGAUUUUGAGAGUGCAGUCAAUCAGGUGAAGCUGUUGAAGAAGGACCCAGGAAAUGAAGUGAAGCUCAAACUCUAUGCGCUCUAUAAGCAGGCCACUGAAGGGCCUUGUAAUACACCUAAACCAGGUCUGUUCGACUUGAUCAAUAAGGCCAAAUGGGAUGCAUGGAAUGCUCUUGGCGAUCUGCCCAAGGAAACUGCUAGGCAGAACUAUGUGGAUUUGGUGUCUGGUUUGAGGUCUUCAUCUGACUCCUCUAGCCAAGUGAAGCCUGAAGCAGACAAAAAACAAGCUGGGUAUGAAACGCUGGUGAUCACCUCUGAAGACCACAUCACAAAGAUCAUGUUGAACCGUCCCGCCAAAAAGAAUGCACUGAACACACAGAUGUAUCAGGAAAUCAUGCUUGCACUUGAAGCCGCAAGCAAGGAUGACUCUACCAUAACUGUUUUUACAGGAAGUGGUGAUUAUUACUCUAGUGGAAAUGAUCUGACCAAUUUCACUGAUAUUCCCCCUGGUGGAGUAGAAGAGAAAGCUAAAAAUGGUGCCAUUUUACUGAGGGAUUUUGUAGACUGUUUCAUAGAUUUUCCUAAGCCUCUGGUUGCAGUGGUCAAUGGUCCAGCUGUGGGAAUAUCCGUCACCGUUCUCGGGCUAUUUGAUCUUGUGUAUGCGUCCGACAGGGCAACAUUUCACACCCCUUUUAGUCACCUUGGCCAAACUCCAGAAGGAUGUUCCUCUUACACUUUUCCGAAGAUAAUGGGCCUAGCCAAGGCAGUAGAGAUGCUCAUUUUUGGGAAGAAGUUAACCGCUGGAGAAGCCUAUGCUCAAGGACUUGUUACUGAAGUUUUUCCUGAUAGCACCUUUGAGAAAGAAGUUUGGACCAGGCUGAAAGCAUAUUCAAAGCUCCCCAGGAAUGCCAUGCGUAUUUCAAAACAGAUCAUCAGAAAUCACGAGAAGGAAAAGCUGCAUGCUAUUAAUGCUGAAGAAAGCAGCAUCCUCCAGGAAAGAUGGCUGUCAGACGAAUGCGUGAAUGCAGUCAUGAACUUCUUAUCCCAAAAAGCCAAGCUGUGAUGCUGUUACAGCAGGGUUACGCAUUUCAAAGGAAGGGAUGUGCUGUCAUUUCUGAUCCAGUACUCGGACUAAAUAAAUUGUGCCUUUUCUCAGUGCUAACAUAC